AUGGCUUCUCCAACUCAGACUCAGAGCUCUGCACCAGCCACUCAGCCUCUCACCCCACCGGCUGAAUCCUCCGCCGCGAACGGCACCUCAGCCCCCGGCGCCGCGCCCACCACCACCUCCCAAGCAUCGGCUGCCGCGCCAGCGACCGCACCAACCACCUCGGCCACGCAGCCUCCACAAAUCCCGGGAACGUCACUUCAAGAUAGCGGGAAGUCGCGACGGCCACGCGAUGUGCGACUUGUGCAUAUGUUGCUCGCCUCGCUCGGGGUGACAGCCUACCAGGAUCGCGUCCCGCUGCAACUCCUCGAUUUCGCGUACCGCUAUACCUCGAACGUGCUGCAGGAUGCAGUGCACCUCGCCACAGAAGGAUAUGCCGGCGCAGUAGGCGAUACUGGUGGUGCGGGAUCUAGCGGGAAGAACAACUCGUCUGGGGAGGUCAACAGCGUGUCGUUGCCCGCGCUACGGCUCAGCAUUGCGUCGCGGCUGCAUUAUCAAUUCCAGACGGGCUUGCCGAAAGAGUUUCUCAUGGAUGUUGCGUCGGAGAGGAAUCGCAUUGCGCUGCCUGGUGUGUCGAGAGGCCUUGAUCCCGCGGCCAACGCCCCUGCCGCGAACGCUGCGAACCAGAGUAUCAUGAUGGCGGGCAUGCGCUUACCGCCGGAACGAUUCUGUCUUACGGGCACUGGAUGGAAUAUGAAGGAUGAAUGGGACAGCGAGGGUGAAGAGGAAGAGGAGAUGCCUGAUGCGCCAGAACAGGGCAAGGGACCUGGGCCAGGGGCUGAUGGUGAAGAGGGUGAAGAUGACGACGAGGGCGAUGGCAAGAUGGAGGAUAUUUUUGGGGAGGACACUGCCAUGGGCGAUGCUGGCGAAGGAGACGAGGACCAGAAGAUGAACGACGCUUAG